ACGCGGUGCAUGUCGACCUAGUGUCAGAUGGGACCGUUUAGAGCUUUGUAAUGCUAGCCAAGAGCGCAAGGCUUGGAGGGAUGAGAUGCAGUUAAUAUAUAUUGAGGCUUGAUACAGCAAUAGGCGCGACGUCCCAUAACGACUACUGCUAAUCUGUUAUCAAUUGCCGUCAUCUAACUCGGACGCGAGACGCACAACCACCAGCCCCAUACGCCAUACAUCCAGCCCGUGUCGAUCGGACAAGGUUUGAAAACAGGGCCAAGGGCAAACAACGCAGCACAAGAGCCCAGCACCUUGAGAGUACGCUGGGCACACAGAUACUCGAAUUCAUAAACGCCACUCAGUCCCUCGCACGCACAUACGCACGCACGCACGCACGCACGCCAGCCAGCAUCCUGUAAACCAUCCAACCCAAUUUCAAGAUGUCGUCCUACGACUCCAACAAAUCCAACUACCUCCACACUCAAUACCAGCAACACCCCCAAGCACCGCCUUACCCCACGACUCCCAACGCCCCCCAGUCUCCAAGCUACUUUUCGCAAAUGCCUCAGCAGCAAUCUCAGCAAAUGUACUCAUCCUCGCCUCCCUACACUCAACCUUCAUUUCCCCACCAGCAAUCGCAACACCAACAAACCCGUCACACCCGCACAUCCUCCACAUCUUCCAUGUCGCACAGCUACCCCCCACCCCCGGGACCCCCUCCAGCCUCGCACUCAGGCCAACAACCAAUCGGCAUCCCAAUCCACCAACCCACCCCACAUCAUUACCAUCCUUACGCAUCUUCCUACCCCCCUCCUCCUGCUCCACCGACAUCAACAAAUUACACACCGCACGCUCGUUCAAUGUCGACAUAUAGCCACCAUCACGAGGAUGAGCAUGGCAGCAGGUACGGGAAUGGGAACGGGAAUGGGAAUAGGGAUGGGAAUGGGAAUGGGGAGUUGGAUUCAGAGACGGAAAGAGAGUAUAAGCGAAGGUAUGCGAGGGAGAAGAGGGUGGAGAGACGACCGACGCUGGGAGGGAGUUUGUUGAGUAUGGUUGAUGCGGUGGGGAAGGCGUUUGGAGGGGCGGGAAGGCAUUGAUUUGGAUUGACUAGAUUGUUGGAAGGGCGGGG